AUGCGUAGAGCUGUCAAAGAUCCGUCUGUGCGUAUUGGUGACGUUCGAAAACUGGUUGGUAUAGAAGAUCCUCGAUUUCAAGACCAAUGGCAUUUGUUUAAUCCAGAUGAACCAGGUCAUGACAUGAAUAUUACUGGGGUCUGGAUAGAAGGAAUAUCUGGAAAGGGAAUCACUAUUGGAUUCAUUGAUGACGGUUUAGACUAUGAAAAUCCCGAUUUAAAAGACAAUUAUGCAAAGGGAUCGUAUGAUUUCAAUUUUCAUAAGUUGGAUCCUAUGCCUACUUUGAUGGAUGAUAACCAUGGCACUCGCUGUGCUGGUGAAGUUGCUGCUGUAAAAAACAACGUCUGUGGCAUAGGUGUUGCAUGGAGUUCCAAAGUCUCGGGAUUACGUGUUCUUUCUGGUAGACUGACAAACACGGAUGAGGCAGCAGCAAUCAACUAUGCUUUUAAUACCACUCAGAUUUACUCGUGCAGUUGGGGUCCAAGAGAUGAUGGUAAAACCAUGGAGGCUCCACCCCAGAUUGUCACUCGUGCAGUCAAAAAUGGUAUAGACAAUGGACGCAAUGGGCUGGGUUCCCUGUUUGUAUUUGCUGCUGGAAAUGGCGGUGCUCGUGGCGACAACUGCAAUUUUGAUGGAUACACAAACAGUAUUUACACAAUCACGGUUGCUGCAAUUGAUAGAUACGAAGGGCAUCCAUCAUUUUCAGAGCAGUGUCCUGCAAAUAUGAUUUCCAUGUGGAGUGGACAGGGUGGGUUUUCUGGCAUUAUCACGACAGAUUGGAAGACUGGGUGUACUGAUCGUCACGGAGGAACGUCUGCAGCAGCUCCAUUGGCUGCUGGUAUCUAUUCUCUAGUUCUUUCCAUCAGACCGGACUUGACUUGGAGGGAUGUACAACGACUUACUUUGGAAACAGCUAUACCAGUUAAUCUUCAGGAUAGUGACUGGCUUAAUACGGCAGCUGGAAGGCUUUAUAACCACAAAUAUGGUUACGGCACGAUUGAUGCAUAUACCAUUGUUGAAGCAGCAAAGCACUUUGUUAAUCUAAAUCCACAGGUGAACCUCUCAACACCAUAUCAACAAGUAAAUAUGGUGAUUCCGCCUUACAAUCCAAUGGGUGCGAGGAAUACUAUCAACAUCACUGCUUUAAUGGUACAGGAAGCUCGCCUUUUGCGUCUUGAACACAUUACAGUUACAGUUGAUAUCAAGCACUCGCGUAGAGGCGACAUUACCAUUCACCUUGAAUCUCCGAUGAAUAUACGAUCUCGGCUGAUUGAGGGUCGCGCUUUUGAUGAUAAUGCCGAUGGUUUCAAAAACUGGACAAUGAUGACCGUUAUGCAUUGGGACGAAGCCAUUGUUGGACAAUGGCGAUUAGUAGUGAUUGAUGAUAAGAAUGUUUUGUCGGGAGGAUAUUGGAAUGGAUGGCAGAUAUCGUUUUGGGGAGAAGGGAUUGAUAGACAAGGUAGCGAAGCAGCUAUUCCACCUACAAGUCCACCACCGGGUAUUCCACCUAUAAGUCCACCACCGGGUAAUCCACCGGGUAAGAUAGUGUAUAUUUUAAAUCUAUUUGUAUGUCCGCCACAUUCCUUGUUCAUUACACGCCAAAACAUAAUAUGCUAA